GUAAGUCUGAAAUCGAGUCUAUAGGUUUGUCAGUCAAGGGUCAGAGUCUACGUGGUAAGGUUUGGAACCACUAACCCGGUUGUACACUUAUCACCAUGGUUGAGACCCGUAGUGGGACGGAGACUAGUCCCUACACCCCUGAGCAGCAAGCAAAGAUGGCCGCCUCCCAAUCCCUCAAGCUCCUCAGGGAGCGGUUCGCUGACCCAACGCGAGGCGUUAGAGCCUCUGAUAAGCUUCAAACAAUCCACUCCCGGCAGUGGAGGAGUGCUAAGGCACUCAAGRGUACUAUGGACGACUUGGUAGCCGUCCCGGACAACAGGGUCACUGAGCCCCGACUGGUCCAGUUGUUUUAUCAUGCCAUUCCAGAGGCCCUACGCGGGCAUUUCUUUGACAAAUCUCAGCAGGCCGGCAUGACUUACGAUGUAUUGAGUAGAGAAGUCGUCCUGUAUGAGUCGAAGUCUAUGCCAGUUACCAGUUUCUGGCAUAAGGACCUGGAGAAGGGGAAGAAGUGGAAAGAUCGUACCAUCUUGGGCCAAGUCAAGACCAAGGAUCACUUGAUCCUGACAUUAGAGGAGGGUGGUACAGAAGAGGUCCCAUAUGAUCAGAUUGAGUGGGGCCUAGGGGAGGAGCACAGUUGUGUAGGGCAGGGGAGGUCUUACGCUGCUGUCGCGGUCGGAGGGAGGCCGCAAGGUAGAGGAGGAGGCCAGGGCCAAAGGGGCCAGGCCAUGGGAGGCAGAGGACCGGGCGCACAGGGGGUUGGCGGACAGGGAAACCACCAAGCGGGAGGUCCGUGCCUAGUUAGCUGUCCAGAGACUGCUUGUGUUAGCGUCUCUUUAGGCACGUCCCUCACAGGUGUGGCAGAAGAGUUAAAUGAGAGAAUGCCAGUCUGGGCCAAAAUGAAAAGGGAGAGUAAGGGACAACUGAUUUUGGUAGACGUAGAGGUGUUCAAGAGUAGAGUAGGGGCCCUUAUAGACUCAAGGGCUGCCCGUAGUUACAUUAGUCGUAAGGCGCUGAAAAAGCUGAGGCUAGGACUAAAGGUCCAAAAGCUAGCAGACCCCAUAGUCAGUGUCCUCGCAGACAACCGCACGAUGCGCGUUGAGGACUAUGUAGAGGGAUUCCACGCAUAUUUUCGCCUAGAGAAGGAUGGGAAGGUGGAAAAAAUUCUCCAUUCCCUGACUCUCCUCGUGCAGGAUGACCUUCCUUUCGAUAUAGUGUUAGGAAUGGAUUGGGGAGAGGCAGCAGGGGCUACACUUCAUUUGAGAGAGCAUGAGUGUAGGCUCCCUAGUCCGUCAGGCGAGGUUAAGACUGCCCGGUUGUUCCAUGUGUCUGGUGUAGACAAUACCUUGGCACAUUGCUGUCUCAGUGCUCCCGCGUUCGCGCGAUUAGUAAAGAAGGAGCAGUUAGAAGACCAGGUCUUUGUAAUUUAUGUUAGAUCUGUCACUGAGGCCCAGGAAAAUGAUAGUUCCACAGAUCCAACAAUUGCCAAGUUGCUGGAAGAAUUCAAAGACUUGACUGAGUCGCCGAUAGGAGUAGUGUCGCGACCCAUCCAGCAUAGGAUAGAGAUAGAGCCUGACAGCAGAACUCCUAAGGGUGCAGUCUACGGGAUGUCCCCUAGAGAGUUAGAGGAGUUUCGCAAGCAGUUAAACGAACUCCGUGAGAAAGGUUGGAUCAGGCCCAGUUCGUCUCCUUUUGGAGCACCCGUUUUGUUUGUCCCCAAGAAGGAAGGAGAACUGAGAAUGUGUAUAGACUCUAGGGGUUUGAAUGCGAUCACCGUGAAGAAUGCUGAGCCGCUGCCCAGGAUAGACGAUCUUUUAGAUCGGGUGCAGGGUUGUAAGUAUUUCUCUAAGAUAGACUUAAAAACCGGAUACCAUCAGAUAGAAGUCCAUCCUGAUGAUCAGUACAAGACUGCAUUCCGGACUAGAUAUGGGCAUUAUGAGUUUAUAGUGAUGCCCUUUGGACUGACCAACGCGCCAACUACUUUUCAGCGUUGCAUGAAUGACCUGUUUAGACCGUGGUUAGAUAAAUUUGUGGUAGUCUACUUAGAUGAUAUCCUAGUCUUUCGUAAGACCCUCCAGGAGCACCAGGGUCAUCUGAGGCAGGUCUUGGAGAAGCUUAGACAGGUUAACUUCAAGAUCAAUGCGAAGAAGUGCGAGUGGGCCAAGACACAAGUCUUGUACUUGGGCCACGUGUUGGACGGAGAUGGCAUUAAGCCAGAGGACAGCAAGAUAGCGGCGAUUAGAGAUUGGCCGACGCCCCGCACGUUGACAGAGUUGCGGUCGUUCCUAGGCCUAACUAACUACUACAGGAAGUUCGUGAGGAACUUCUCCACUAUCGCCGCUCCUUUGCGCAGGUUGUUGAAGAAAGAGACAAUCUGGCAAUGGGAUAAAGAUUGUACGUCUGCGCUAAAAAAGUUAAAGCGCGCGCUAAUAAAAUAUAUUGUCCUCAAAGUAGCGGAUCCAUCCUUGCCAUUUGUCGUUACCACGGAUGCAAGUCAGUAUGGGAUAGGCAUCGUGUUGCAGCAAGACGACGACAAUGGCUAUAGACCCGUAGAGUUCAUGUCAGCGAGGAUGCCCAGUGAGAAGGUCGCUACCUCCACGUACGAGAGAGAACUCUACCCUCUCAGGCAGGCUUUAGACCAUUGGAAGCACUAUCUGCUUGGGAGGCACUUCAAAGUGUAUUCUGACCAUGAGACACUUCGUUGGCUAAAGACCCAGGCCAAGAUGACACCUAAGUUGACUAGGUGGGCCGCAGAGAUAGACCAAUUCGACUUUGAGCUCAAGCCAGUGAAGGGCAAGUACAAUGUAGUGGUGGAUGCUCUAAGUAGGAGAUCAGACUACUUUGGAGCCGUAGUACAUUAUCUAGAUAUAGGGAAAGACCUGCAGGAGAAAGUGAAACAAGCGUAUACGCAGGACCCUAUCUAUAGCGACCUCCUAAAGAGAGUUAGAGAGGCCCCAAAGACCGAAACAGAUUACCGCACUACAGACGGGUUGCUGUUUGAGAAGACUAAUGUGUUUGACCGCCUGUGUGUUCCCAACAGCGAAGAGAUUCGUAGUCUGAUUUAGGGGCAUGUCACGAUACCGAGGGACACUUCGGUUGGCAAAAGACGUUAGCCAAUCUGAUGCGUGCGUACACAUGGCCAGGGAUGAAGAACGACUGCAUAGAGUAUGUCCGCAGUUGUAAAGUGUGUCAGAGGAAUAAAUCUACUACACGCGC